AUGACAACUCUUGUUCCUGCAACCCUCUCCUUCCUUCUCCUCUGGACCCUGCCAGGGCAAGUCCUCCUCAGAGUGGCCUUGGCAAAAGAGGAAGUCAAUUCUGGGACCAAAGGGCCCCAACCUAUGUCCCCCUCUGAUUUCCUGGACAAACUUAUGGGACGAACAUCAGGAUAUGAUGCCAGAAUUCGACCCAAUUUUAAAGGCCCACCUGUGAAUGUGACUUGCAACAUCUUCAUCAACAGUUUUGGCUCUGUCGCUGAGACUACUAUGGACUACCGGGUGAAUGUCUUCUUGCGGCAACAGUGGAAUGACCCACGCCUAGCCUAUGGAGAAUAUCCUGAUGACUCUUUGGAUCUUGAUCCCUCCAUGCUAGACUCUAUCUGGAAGCCAGACCUGUUCUUUGCCAAUGAGAAAGGGGCCAGUUUCCAUGAGGUGACCACAGACAACAAGUUACUGCGCAUCUUCAAGAAUGGGAAUGUGCUCUACAGCAUCAGGCUGACCCUCAUUUUGUCCUGCCCAAUGGACCUCAAGAACUUCCCCAUGGAUAUCCAGACCUGUACGAUGCAGCUGGAGAGCUUUGGCUACACCAUGAAUGACCUCGUGUUUGAGUGGCUGGAAGAUGCUCCUGCUGUCCAAGUGGCUGAGGGGCUGACUCUGCCCCAGUUUAUCUUGCGGGAUGAGAAGGAUCUAGGCUACUGUACCAAGCAUUACAACACAGGGAAAUUCACCUGCAUCGAGGUAAAGUUUCACCUGGAAAGGCAGAUGGGCUACUAUCUGAUUCAGAUGUACAUCCCCAGCCUACUCAUCGUUAUCCUGUCCUGGGUCUCCUUCUGGAUCAACAUGGAUGCCACCCCUGCUCGCGUGGGCCUAGGCAUCACCACUGUGCUCACCAUGACAACUCAGAGCUCUGGCUCCCGGGCAUCUUUGCCUAAGGUGUCCUACGUGAAGGCAAACGACAUCUGGAUGGCUGUGUGCCUGCUCUUCGUGUUCGCUGCCCUGCUGGAGUAUGCUGCUGUCAAUUUUGUCUCCCGUCAGCAUAAGGAAUUCAUGCGACUUCGAAGAAGGCAGAGGCGCCAAUGUAUGGAGGAAGAUAUCAUCCAAGAAUGUCGCUUCUAUUUCCGUGGCUAUGGCCUAGGCCACUGCCUGCAGGCAAGGGAUGGAGGUCCAAAGGAAAGUUCUGACAUUUAUACCCCCCAACCUCCAGCCCCUCUUCUAAGGGAGGGAGAAACCAUGCAGAAACUUUACGUGGAGCAAGCCAAGAGGAUUGACACCAUCUCCCGGGCUGUCUUCCCUUUCACUUUCCUCAUCUUCAACAUCUUCUACUGGGUUGUCUAUAAAGUCCUACGGUCAGAAGAUAUCCACCAGGCACUGUGA